CUCUCCUGCUCCAUUCAGGUCCACGGUCACUCCUCAACAGGAAGUGACGAAAGUAGCCACGAGCGUGACGAACGGCUCUUUCGAAAAUACAACAAGGAAGUUACGGUUUAUUGUGAAGGAAAAUAACCGCUGGAGAAAAAAAAAUUCUCCUCAAACCGGGGGUCCCUUCGCUCGGUUGCUGGGUGUCCGGGGGGGGCGAGGUCACCGUGGACUUUCCCGAGAGCCCGUUUCCGAUCGUCUCGAGGAAUUCUACUUGUAGCCAGCUAGCUAGCUAGCGAUGAACACGGACGUGGAAUUUCACAUCAGGCAGAAUUACCCGUGGAACAAGCUCCCAGCUAACGUCAAACAGAGUUUGGGGAACUCUCAGCGCGAGUAUGAGAAGCAAGUGCUCCUGUACAGCAUCCGCAACCAGCUGCGAUUCCGCAAUAACCUAGUGCGCCACGUGAGGAAGGAUGAGCGCAAAUAUUAUGAGGAGCUUCUGAAGUACAGCCGGGACCACCUGAUGCUGUACCCCUACCACCUGUCUGACAUCAUGGUCAAAGGGCUACGAGUCACCCCGUUCUCGUAUUACAUAGGAAUCAUGGAGGAUAUUAUGAACAGUGAGAAGAGUUACGACUCUUUGCCCAACUUCACUGCAGCUGACUGUCUAAGGCUACUUGGCAUUGGGAGAAACCAGUACAUCGACCUGAUGAACCAGUGCAGGUCCUCCAAAAAAUUUUUCCGCAGGAAAACAGCACGGGACCUACUGCCGGCCAAACCAGUCGAGAUCUCCGUGGAGCCGUGGUGGGUGGCACAGACAGGCUACAUCACCGAGGACGACAUAAGGAUCUGUUCUCCCGCUGAGAAGAAAGCCAUUGAUAAGAUGAUAGAUUCUGGUCCUCAGCUGGCAGGAUCCAUGGAGUACAACGUGGUCUUAAGCUUGUACAACCGGGGAUUCAUCUACUUAGAUGUUCCCAUAUCUGAUGACAGCUGCAUCUCAGUGCCCCCACUGGAAGGGUUUGUCAUGAACCGGGUCCAGGGUGAUUACUUUGAAACGCUUCUGUACAAAAUCUUUGUGUCCAUCGAUGAGCAAACAAACGUAGCAGAGCUGGCAAAUGUGUUGGAGAUCGACUUGGACUUAGUGAAGAACGCAGUGUCCAUGUACUGUCGCCUCGGCUUCGCCGUGAAGAAAGGUCAGGUGUUCAGCUCAGACCAGCUCCACCCCACCUGGAAGAACGCCCCAUCUGUUAACAGGCUCAAGAGCACUAUGGACCCCCAGAAGAUGCUGCUGUCCUGGGAGCAGGGCAGUCCUGUAAUGGAGGGAGGCUCCUCAGCCACAGAUACAGACACCACUAGCCUGGAAGACCAAGCAGACACAGGUAGCGUUAGCAGCCUGAGCAUCCCAGUUGCACCCACCAAGAGGAUCGCCUUCCUUUUUGACUCGACCCUUACAGCCUUCCUGAUGAUGGGCAACUUAUCGCCGAACCUGAAGAGUCAUGCUGUGACCAUGUUUGAAGUGGGCAAACUGUCGGAUGAGACUCUCGACAGCUUCCUGGCUGAGCUGGAGAAGGUGGAGAGCACAGCAGAGGGCGAGGCUCAGCGUUACUUUGACCACGCUCUGACCCUGAAAAACACCAUUCUCUUCUUGCGCUACAACAAAGAACUCACUCAGGACCAGGGACCUGAUAUUCCAAACAUAGGUUUCCCCUUGGACAUGUUGCGCUGUGAGAGCCUGCUGGGUCUAGACCAGGCCACCUGCAGCCGCGUCCUCAACAAGAACUACAAGCUGCUGGUCUCGAUGGCACCGCUCAGCAACGAGAUCAGACCCAUCAGCAGCUGCACCCCUCAGCACAUUGGCCCAGCCAUCCCUGAGGUGAGCUCCAUCUGGUUCAAGCUGUACCUGUAUCAUGUGACUGGCCAAGGCCCGCCGUCUUUGCUGCUCUCCAAAGGCUCCAGGCUCCGCAAGCUGCCGGACAUUUUCCAGGUCUAUGACAGGUUAUUGAUAACUUCCUGGGGUCACGACCCUGGAGUGGUCCCUACAUCCAACGUGCUGACAAUGCUUAACGAUGCCCUUACACACUCUGCUGUUCUCAUCCAGGGUCAUGGUAUGCAUGGGCAUGGAGAAACGGUGCACAUCCCAUUCCCUUUUGAUGAGGAGGAUCUGAAGGGAGAGUUCUCCUACUCCAACAUGUGCGUGCACAAGGCACUGCAGAAGCUGAAGGAGCAUGUGGAUCUGGAGCACCAGUGUGGCUACAUCACCAUGCUCAACUCCAACAACAGGCACCGCCGCAGGCCCAGCGACAGCACAGAGUGCAGAGGAGACACCCAUCUAGGUGGAGGCUUGGACACUAAUGGCAGCACUGAGUCCUUUGAGCUUGUGACAGAGGAGAACAACGGUGAAGGCAAAGGAAAGACAGACACCCUUUCAUCUGAAGACGAGUGGGUCCCUCUUGAACUGUGCUUUGGCAUGCCCCUCUUCAGCUCUGAGCUCAACCGCAAAGUGUGUCGAAAGAUUGCUUCGCACAAGCUCUGCAGCAACGAGAGCCUUCAAGAGCUACUCCACUCGAGCCGAAAACUGUCACUCAAGGUGUUGAGCUUCGUUCAGUCAUUCCAGGAUGGCAGCCAGCCCUCUGACCUGGACAGCGGCGUGUCCAACCCUCUCAGCCAGCCCCCGCCAGAGUCCGGUGUCCCCCUGCCCGCCCUCAACCUCCUCUUCAAGGACGGGCAGCUGAAGGAAUGGAGCGGGCGCGCCCCUCCUCCUCUAGACAUCUCAGCCCUGCAGAAAGACCAACUGACAUAAAGCAUCAGCAAAACUUCCAGAUUUAGGAACGAGGAAGCAGCGUCCCAACAAAGGGGGCUAAUGUCUUUUCGCAGCGUCACGUCUCACUGUGGAAAUUCCUGUUCGUGGUUCCAGCCCUGCAUCUUUAAAUCCAGUCACAAGGAAACUCCCUUAUUCGUAAGCCCCGCCUUCUUGUCCAUCAGUAUCCAGUCAUAGGAUAAUUGGCCCCGUCAGCACUUUGUCAUUCACCUACUGUAUGAGGAAUCAUCGACACUAGUACCAACCCUCUUUGCUGUCCUCCUUCCCUCCCCUCUGUGAUUCCUCGUAUUCGUAGCAAGGCAGUGUUAUCUGUUGGAGUGGUGCUAUUAUCACACUAUAUCACAGCGAUGCAGGUAAACAUCAUUUAACCUGGAAGACCAUCUAACUGGAAACAAAUGCGCUGUUUUCCCACUGACUCCACCCCACCCCCCACCCCUUCAGUCGAUGGAUGUUUUGUGACCCUUGAGAGCAGAGUGUAAAAUGGUUAAUAUUGCAUAGAUGUUCUAAAAAAAAAAGAAAAAAAGACCUAUAAAAUAAACAUUAAAGUGUUGAACAGACUUCUUCAGGAAUCAUUUGACAAUAUGCAUAUUCUAGGACCAAUUCUUUGGACUUUAACCAGGUUGAUAAGACCCCGCUGCCUCCCUGUAUUGUCUCAUGUUAAGUGAUCUAAUGCAUGAUACUAUUGCACAAAAAAAUCUUUCCUCUUUACUUGUAAUCAAUAUUUGGGGCAUUUAUUAUUUGCACUGUGCAGGAUUUCUUCAAACCUGUGGAUGAAGUAACAUCAUGUAAUUUUUUUUUUUUUUAAAUGUUGGCUCAUUUGUAGUGUGCACGUGAUUUUAGAGCUCACCAAAAGGAAAGUGUCAUACGAGGCAUCUGAGAAACUGCGUUUUUUUUUUUUUAAUCCAUUAGAGAACACCAA